UUGCGUUUCGCCUGAUCUUGUCACAAAAGAUGCGCUUCUCAACUUCCCUGGCGCUGCUUGCCUGCACCGAACUGUCCAAAGCACAGUUUGGCGUCAAGUACGAUCAGUACGGUGGCAGUCCAGCCGUGUAUCCGUCCCCACACACAUCUGGAGCUGGAGGAUGGGAAGAUGCUUUGGGAAGGCCAAGGACUUUGUUGGCAAGCUGACGCCAGAAGAAAAGGCAAGCAUGGUAACUGGCACACCUGGCCCUUGUGUCGGCAAUAUCGCUCCAAUCCCGCGUCUCAACUUCAAAGGCCUAUGUCUUCAAGAUGGUCCAGCCGCUAUCCGCCAGGCACUCCUUGCCAGCGUCUUUCCGGCUCAGCUCCACCUGGCUGCCACAUGGGACCGCGAUCUGGUCCGCAAGCAAGGUGAGCUGAUGGCCCAAGAGUUCAAAGGAAAGGGAAGCCACGUAGCCUUGGGUCCUGUGGUCGGGCCAUUAGGGCGCUCUGCAUAUGGCGGUCGCAACUGGGAGGGCUACUCUCCCGACAAGUAUCUGUCGGGUGUCCUGGUUGAACAGACGGUCCAAGGGAUACAGUCGGCUGGAGUUCAGGCCUGCACCAAGCACUUCAUUGGCAACGAGCAAGAGACUCAACGAAACCCAAGUGUCGUGAACGGCGUGCAGGUAGAAGCCGUCUCAUCCAACAUGGACGACCGGACCAUGCAUGAGACUUACCUCUGGCCUUGGUACAACGCCGUCAAGGCCGGCACCGCAUCUGUCAUGUGCUCCUAUCAGCGCAUCAACGGGAGCUACGCCUGCCAGAACAGUAAGGCCCUCAACGGUCUGCUAAAAGGCGAGCUUGGCUUCCAGGGCUAUGUGAUGUCUGACUGGGGUGCUGUUCACACCGGAAUUGCCUCAAUCGAGGCUGGUCUUGACAUGAACAUGCCCGGGAGUCUCUCCUUUACCUCCGUCGGGUCCGCAUCAUUCUUUGGAGACAAUGUCACCACCGCGCUCAAGAACAACACACUCCCUGUCGACCGCGUCGACGACAUGAUUGAGAGAAUCAUGGCACCUUACUUCCAGCUCAAGCAGGACCAAGGCUUCCCCCUUGUGGACGAAACUGGCCCCAAGAUUCCUGGCAGCUUCAACACUGGCCCCUGGCCACACAACUAUACGCUCGGUCCGCUGGUUGACGUGCGUGCCGAUCACGGAGCCUUCAUCCGUGAGGCCGGCGCGGCUGGCACCGUCCUCCUGAAGAACGUCAACAAAGCCCUCCCGCUCAAGAAGCCUAAGAACAUCGCCGUCAUCGGCAACGAUGCUGCAGAUUUCACCGUCGGAGAGUACACUGCAGGGCUCAACAUGACUGGUUUCAGCAACUAUGACAUUGGGACUCUGCCGAUCGGCGGCGGCUCCGGAACUGGACGCUUCAGCUACGUGGUGUCGCCCUUGGAGGCCAUCAAGGCGCGUGGAAGGGACUAUGGUGCCCUGGUGCAGUACUUUACAGACAACAAAUUUAUCGUCGCUGGCGGGCUUAGCAACCUGGCCCCACAGCCAGACGUGUGUCUCGUUUUUGUGAAGUCUUGGGCCGAAGAAGGAACGGAUAGAUUCUCCUUGCUGCCGGAAUGGGACUCGACCAAGGUGGUGGAGAUGACCGCCAGGAGGUGUGGCAACACCGUCGUCGUCGCGCACGGAGCCGCCCCCAACGUCUUCCCCUGGCGCGACAACAAAAACGUCACUGCCAUCAUCGCAGCUCACAUGCCCGGCCAGGAGACCGGCAACGCGAUCGCCGACGUGCUUUUCGGCGACGUCAACCCCAGCGGCAAGCUCCCCUACACCAUCGGCGCGAGCGUCGACGACUACGACAAGAACUUUGUCAACAGCACCGAGCUGCUCCAGUCCACGGACCCCAACAUCUGGCAGUCCGACUUUGUCGAGGGCCAGCUGAUCGACUACCACGCCUUCGACGCGCACAACAAGACGCCCGCCUACGAGUUUGGCUUUGGGCUCAGCUACACGACCUUUUCGCUCUCGGGCCUCAAGACCACCGUGUCGGCGUCCAACGCCCCGCGCACGCCCUCGGCCGACGCCAAGGUUCAGCCCGGCGGCAACGUCGAGCUGUGGGACGUGCUGGCGACGGUGACGGCCACGGUCAAGAACACGGGCGACGUCGCGGGCGCCGCGGUGCCGCAGCUGUACGUUUCCCUGCCGGCCGGCGAGGCUGGGAGCGGGACGCCGGUGCGGGGUCUUCGCGGGUUCGACAAGAUCAAGCUCGGCGCCGGGGAGAGCAAGGCCGUGGAGUUCCACCUCACCAGGAGGGACCUGAGCUUCUGGGACACCAAGGCGCAGGCCUGGAGGCUGCCGACCGGUUCCAUCGGUGUCGAUGUUGGGUUUAGUUCCAGGGACUUGAUUCUCAAGGGGGAGGUCAAGGUUUGAUUUGGCGAGAAAAGCUAAUGAUGUGAUGCGUGGACGGAGAUCAUGAUGUGUUCUGUUUAAUAGUAUAACAACUUAUUUCUUAGUAUUAAUAACGCUAGUCACGAA